AUGGGCUGCAUUGAAGGUAAAUUAGAAGGGCAAGGGUGCGACAAAGACUGCACGGCGGCAUUGGUCUUGUUCGAGCACGCGCAAGUCGUCGGUUCCCCUGGGGACGUUUCUCAGGAGAUGCGAACCCUUCUUAGGACGGCAAUGUACGUAAGGUUCGGAAACGUGGAGCGAUCCAAAGCGCUCGCUUUGUUCAAGGAGCUGGCCGCGCACGGGAACGCGCGCACGCAGAGCGCGCUCUUCGGCGCCAUGCUAGACAAGGGCGUGGAUGCGUCCGAAGACGAGCGCCACGAGGAGGCCGUGGAGUUCUUCAAAGUGGGAGCAGAACUAGGGAGCGGGGAUUGCAUGAUCGAGCUAGCAGUGUGCCUUGCAAACGGAACGGGGUGCGAGAGAGACGGCGCCGCGGCGGUUUCUUGGGCGGAACAAGCUCUGAAAAGCCAAGAGCUCCAUUAUGCCGGAAGCGGAAUUUCUCAUAUGCUAUAUAAGAUCGGCAAGGGUGUCCUGGAAACGGAUCCGAAAGGAGCUGUGCGUUUGUUCAGGGAGGCGGCUGAACACGUGCGCCACGUGGCGCACGCAGACAAGGACGCGUGUUACGAGCUCGGGGUGUGCUACGAGCUAGGCCGGGGCGUCGAGCAGAGCUUUGAGGAGGCGUUCAAGUGGUACGAAAAAGCUGCGGAAAGGGAACAGAUUCCGGCAGCAUUCUGCCUGGCGGAAUGCUACGAGCACAGAAAGGGCGUCGCGAGGAACUACGAAGAGGCGGCCGCGUGGGAGAACAGAGCGGCGCAUUCCGCUAUUCAGCUCGCACAGCACGACUUGCUGCCGAGGUAUCGGGACGGAACCGGUACGGAACAGGAUCUGGCGGACGCCGUAAUGUGGCUCAAGAGGGCGGGUGACGCAGGCUACCCAGAUGCAUAUUAUAAGCUGGGGUGCCUAUACGGCGAGCGAAAGGGCGUCGCCCGAGAUGAUGCGGAGGCGGCCACGUGGCUUUGA